AUGCCGUCAAUCGCCCUGCGACAGAGCAGACGAUGUAGAUUGAUAGAUACGCGCGCUUACUUGACGAAUACUCCCCGAUUUUCGUAUACGAACAUACAAUGCCGUGCUGCGACGAACGCAUCAUGGCGUCCCGUUUCCAUUCUUGAUGAUUGGGUCGCAAAAGAAGCUCGUCCCAUCAGCCUUCGCCAGCUCAUGGUCUUUGGUCGAUCUCUUACAGAAUCGCGCCUCAUCAGCUCUGCCAAUUAUGUCCGCACCGAAUUACCUACACGGAUUGCGCAUCGCAUUCGGGAUAUGCAACGCCUACCAUACGUCGUUACCACAAACAAACAUAUAAAAGAAGUCUACGAUCUGUAUUACCACGCCUUCGAUACGUUCCGCAAGAUAAAAGAGGUCAAGACUCUGGAAGAUAACGAUAGGUUGUGUGAACUCAUAAGCCACAACCUCAAAGGUCAUUUGACUGUGAUACCGCAACUUGCAAUGGGAAUCCUGGAAUGUGGUGGGUUGAUGAGCCCCAGCGACCUUGACAAGUUCAUGAACACCAUCCUGAGAUCGCGUAUCUCCAGACGAGUUAUCGCCGAGCAACAUCUCUCUUUGACGGAAACUUACAACUCGCCCAAUUUCUCUCCUGGUGCCAAACUUUCCGAGUCUGACUUCAUUGGCGAAGUCUUUAUUAAAUGCUACGCCAAAGACGUGGUCGAGCGUUGCUCAAAAGCCAUUACCGCUCUUGCACGCACGACUAACGGCCCGGAUGUCCAAAUCCCCGACAUCACCGUGGAUGGCCAUCUUGAUGCCUCAUUCCCUUACAUCCUUAGCCACCUCGAGUACAUCAUUGGCGAGCUCUUACGGAAUUCUGUCCAGGCAGUCAUUGACCGACAUCAGGCAACUCACCCAGACCCAAACAAUGUGAAGCCUCACCCCGUCGAGAUCACUGUCUGCGAGAACCAGCAGCACGUUAUUAUUCGAAUAUGCGAUCGAGGCGGUGGCAUUCCCCGUGCUGAGCUGCCUCAUCUCUGGUCUUUCAGCAAAGGGCCACAAAGCCAGAGACGUCUUGAGAACCUUGCUCAAGUCCCCAAAAUGGCAGCAACGAUGCAAGAACUCCACGUGGAAGAAGAGCUGGGACGCGCAGACUUGAAAGCGCCUCCGUAUCAGAGCUCUCUAUCAUCUCUGACGAGCCGACCACCUAAUCUAAGGCUCGGGAUGGGUUUGCCCUUGAGCCGUGUUUACGCUGAGUACUGGGCUGGAAAUCUUGACCUACACAGUCUCGAAGGUUACGGGACGGAUGUGUUUCUACAGAUCUCGCGACUUGGAAACAAGAACGAGCAGCUGACGACUCGAGCCAGCAUGGAUGCCUUAUAG